AUGCGCUCUUCCCUCAUAUCGUGGCUGCUUCUUCACUUCGCCCUGUGCUGCUUCGCGGGUCCUACCGGUGAAGAAUACGACGAGAACGCGAGAAGUUUAAACGCCAAAGAUGUGCUCUCCUCAAUUGCGAGCAACUUAAUGUCGCGAGGCUACGGUACUACGGGCGCCGGAGGUUCCCAGGUCAUAUCGCUGAACCUCACGAACCUCCUGGUGCUGUUUCUUUUGAAAGCGUUGAUCUUCGCUGCCGCCUCAUUAGGGGCGGGACACUUCAAGGACUACAACAAAGGAGACUGGGCUAGGAGCAUCGACGGCGACGAAAAGCUAUUGACCGACGAAGAAGUGCUCUUGUUUUUGAGUUACCUCACGGGUUCGCCGGGCAACAACGGAUGUUUACAGAACGUGGCGUGUCAGCAGCCCCAGCAAGCGAGGAAGUACGUGAACGCGGGCGAUUUGCUCUUGAAAGCCGCGAAAAUGUUUGCCCUCGACCCUGACGUUAACUACGAUUACGUUAUCAGGGAAGUUGACCAGGCCGCUACGGUGGGCUCCUCUGGGGGCAGUUGCAGCCGCUUCAAAUGCGGCUACGCGGACGCAAGUUAACGUUAUGGUUGAUCUAGAUGAAUAUGUU